AUGACAGCAGUAGCAUCUAAUGCGGCGAGAUGUCGAGAUAGUGACUUCGUUUUCAUAAAUGUACACAAUAGGUCGAAUACUUCUUUUGUUUUUCGAUUCAUUCCAGACGGACCGUCAACCGUAAAUCUGACUCCACCAACUGUGACCUACACUCCCACAGAAGGACAGACUAUCCCAACCAUCACGUGUUCUGCUGACUGUAACCCGGCCUGUACCUACAGCUGGACAAAGGAUGGACAAUCCAUUACAACAGGGUCAAAUCUCCAAAUCACCAACAUACAGCAUGGUCAGGGGGGCGUGUACAGGUGUACGGCCAGUAAUGGGUACGGGAGUGACGUCGGCGUCAAUGUCAACGUCAUUGUAGAUUUGAACCCAGGAAUCCCAAACAGUCUGUUAAUUGGCUGUACUGAUGCCAGUUCUGCUGAGGUAUCGUGGAGCGACGGAGGGGACUCUCAGUAUUACCGUGUUAUGUUCAGCACAGACAGGUUUCUCAACUCACAAGAAGUUUAUCCAGUGAUGAUUACAAAACAAACAGACGGAAGUGACGUGUAUAGUCAAAAUAUAGACAAUCUGGAUGGAGGCCAUGUUUAUUUCUUUAAGGUUGUAGCGUACAAUAAGUACGGAAACACAACAUCGGCAGAUGCUGUCGGCUGUACUGUUCAUGAGCUGCUGACGAAACAGAAGUGA